CUGCGUGGGGCGCCGAUGCUGCGCACCGGUGUGCUCCGCCGUGUCCUGGGCCGCCCUUGUGGCUGGGCGGGCGCUGGGUCUGCCUUGCGGGCCGCUCCGGGGCUGGUGCCGAGCCGGGCCCGGCCCGCGGGGCUGACAGUGCUGCCGUGCGCUUGGGCGCUACGCUGGGCGGGUGAAUUUUCUCGACAUGCCACGACAGAGGCCUCCCAAGCCACCUUAGCAAGUGUGUCUCCUGUUUUUGCAGUGAUGAAGCUUGAUAAAGAGGGAAACACGACCUGUUUUGAAAAGAAGAAAACUGAAUUGUACCAGGAAUUGGGUCUUCAGGCUCGGGAUCUAAGAUUUCAACACCUAAUGAGCAUUGCUACUAGGAACAACAGGAUUAUUGUGAGAAUGGAGUUCUUGAAGGCUGUCAUAACACCAGAGUUUCUUCUGAUACUAGAUUAUCGUAAUUUAAACCUGGAGCACUGGCUUGUCAAUGAACUAGCAUCUCAGCUGGCUGGGGAAGGCCAACUAGUUACAUAUGCCCUGCCUUUUGAAUUCCGAGCCAUAGAAGCAAUCCUGCAGUAUCGGAUCAGCAAACUGCAAGGGAGACUUAACACUUUGCAGCCUCAGAUCCUUGAGACACUGGAAGCUCUAGUGGACCCCAAGCUUUUGUCUGUGGAUAGGAGUAAACUACACAUUCUCCUGCAAAAUGGCAAGAGCUUGUCAGAACUGGAAACAGAUCUUAAAGUUUUCAAAGAAACAAUUCUGGAGAUCUUAGAUGAAGAAGAAUUAAUAGAAGAGCUCUGUCUAUCUAAAUGGACUGAUCCACAAGUAUUUGAGGAGAGUACAUCUGGGAUUGACCAUGCAGAGGAAAUGGAGCUGCUGCUGGAGAACUAUUACAGACAAGCAGAAGAUCUUGCAAAUGAAGCUCGUGAACUCAGAGUGCUGAUUGAUGACUCAGAAAGCAUAAUCUUUAUCAACCUGGACAGCCACCGAAACGUGAUGAUGAGACUGAACUUGCAGCUGACUAUGGGGACUUUCUCUCUCUCUCUCUUUGGACUCAUAGGAGUUGCCUUUGGUAUGAACUUGGAGUCAUCUCUUGAAGAGGACCCCAGAAUAUUUUGGCUGGUGACAGGGAUAAUGUUUCUGGGAAGUGGUCUGAUAUGGAGACGCUUGCUUUCCUUCCUUGGGAGGCACCUAGAACCUCCACUACCUCCUCACGUUUCUGCAGUUCUGAAAAAAUCCCAACCAGCAGCCGGAAGAGUGGAGGUAAAGAGCAGCCUUAAAGCAGAAGCAUUUGGGCUCAGCAGAAGCGCUUUAACAAAUCAAUAGGAAAAGCAGGAAUAAAGAGACUUUGUUACAGGGUG